UGUUAAAGAUAAUGAGAAUAAUAUGCACAAUAAGCAUAUGACUGAUGAUGAAAUUACAGGACUUAUACUUGAUGUCGUUGCUGGUGGUGUUGAAACGACACCAAGUGCGAUUUGUUAUAUCAUAUAUUACAUUGAACAUCAUCCAGAAGUAAAGCAACGCAUGCUAAAUGAAUUGGAUCAAACAUUUGGUCCUGAUUCCGACUAUAAAAUUGAGUUGGAUGAUAUAAAUCAACUCAAAUAUUGUGAAGCAGUCAUAAAAGAAGUUAUAAAUUCUCAUCCUGCCCAUUGGACGAACCCUCAUGAAUUUAAACCUGAAAGAUUUCUUCAGACUGUUAGUGAUUCAUCAUCUAUUGAUUCGAGAAAAUCUAAUCAAUAUUUUCAGGCUUUCGGAGGUGGGCUAAAAAUAUGUCCUGGAAAGAACUUUGCGAUGAUGCAAAUGAAAACCUAUAUGGUAUUAUUGUAUCGACGAUGGACUGUAGAAUUGAUAGAUAUGAGUGCACCAAUAAAAAGCCACUACGCUACUACCAAGAGUUGUCAGCAGUUAGAG